AUAUGCUUCCAAAUGGUUGUGGGCAAUAAGCAGUAAAGUAGUGUAAAAUGGUUUAUACCAAAGAUUCAUAAACACAAAGCUUAUGUGCGUUAAAAGUGUAGUCCUUUCCUUCGUGCUGACAAAUGUGGUCCUCAGAAAUGUGUUGAGAGUGAGCCCUCGUCUCGUUUCCCCCCUCUGUGCUGCCCAUAUGUCAAAGUCUUUGUGCUUUUCAAGACAGCGAGGCGACACAGGGAAAAAAAACAGCUGGAUCCGAGGAUCAGUCCGGCUAGCUCUGUCCUCACCUCAAGACACCUCUUUCUCCUCGUCUGCCUGACUUCGACAAGCUGGUUGGGAGGCUGAUGAUGUGGUGUGAAGAUGGAAGCUCCUGAAUACCUGGACCUGGAUGAGAUCGACUUCUCUGAUGAUUCAGUGUAUUCUGUUACGUCUCUGAAGAGCAUCCCAGAGUUGUCCAGGAGAAGUGAUGGCCAAGCUGAGGAGAGGCCAGCUCCAGCCAUCAACUGGAGUCGUGGCGUUUCCUCCCACAGCGGAGGGGGAAUCAAACCAACAGGGCUUGCUGAGGUUCACAGUAAAUUUCGGCCGGUAAAGAGAGUGUCCCCUCUCAAACACCAACCAGAGACCACUGACUCUGAUUCUGAUGGUAAAGUUCAGGGCCAGGUGCUGGGUGAGCCGGUUGAGGCCAGUAAGGAUGACCCGAGCUCUGACAAACCGACUCUUGCCUCCACCUCCUCUGAUGGGUCAGGAGGGAAGGCUAAGGGCCUGGGUAGCAGCGUUGGUGUCGUUGGUGGGAACAACCCCCAGGCCCUGUUCGGGGAGUUGGAGCACUACGAUCUGGACAUGGACGAGAUCCUGGAUGUGCCUUAUAUCAAGUCCAGUCAGCAGAUGUCCACGCUGCCACGCGUGCCACAUGACAAGCGCUCAGUGACGGGAAGCAACCUGGGUGGAGGCACCCUGGAGAGGAACCGUGGAGGAGGGCUGAAGAGCUCUGCUUUACCCCACAACGAGCCUCUGAGCCUGGGCAGCAGCAGUUCACAGACUCCGUAUUGUGUUCUGUCUCCGGUAAAGUGGUCCGACCUGAGGAAGUCCAAAUCCAUGGAUCCAGACCUCCACCACCUCCACCGCUCCCCAGCUGGAGGAGGCUACCAGUCGGAGUUGCUCUCUUCCGGACUCCUCAGCUGCUCCUCCUCCCUCUCUUCUUUCUCUGAUGCAGACAAGCUGGUGUCUGCACGUGUCUAUCCAGACUCCCAGACCCAGAGGCCAGGCGUGGAUCCCCCAGGGGGCCCAGGGAUGAUGUUCCCCAUGCCAGGAUGCAGUGUGGGCAGGCAGGAUGCUUCCAAGUCCUGGGUUCCUGGACAAGGAGGAGUAAGUGGAGCCAGUACUGUGCCAAGGGGCUUUGGAGGAGGUGGAGGAGCAGGAGGGGAGGUUGAUGAGGAGACCAAGAAAAACCAGAACAUCAUCAACAUCGUAAGAGAAGGACAGAUCUCUCUGCUGCCUCAUUUAGCAGCAGAUAACCUGGAGCUGAUCAGAGAUGAGGACAGGAACAACCUGCUGCACAUCUCAGCCUCUCAGGGUCAUGCUGACUGUCUGCAGCAUCUCACCUCUCUGAUGGGAGAGGACGGCCUCAACGAACGCAACAACCAGCAGCUCACCCCUGCGGGACUGGGAGUCAAGAACGGUCAUUUGGAGUGUGUUAGGUGGAUGGUGAGUGAGACAGAAGCCAUCGCGGAGCUGAGCUGCACCAGAGAACAUCCCAGUCUGAUUCACUAUGCUGGCCGCUAUGGACAGGAGAAGGUCUUGUUGUGGUUGCUUCAGUUCAUGCAGGAACAGGCAAUCUCUCUGGACGAAGUCGACCAGAACGGAAACACUGCUGUCCACGUGGCAGCCCAGUACGGACACCUGACCUGUAUACAGACUCUGGUGGAGUACGGCUCAAACGUGACUGUCCAGAACCAGCAGGGGGAGCGGCCUUCCCAGAGUGCCGAGCGACAGGGACACACCACCUGCGCUCGAUACCUGGUCGUCGUGGAAACCUGCAUGUCGUUGGCCUCACAGGUUGUUAAACUCACCAAACAGCUCAAUGAACAGGCAACAGAGAGGAUAACUCUACAGAAACAACUACAAAGACUGCUAGACCCCAACAAGACAGAGGGGACACCUUCCAGAUCACCAAGCUCGCAUCAGCCCUCCGUGGAGGCGUGGCCAGAGAUGAUGCUGACAGCAGAGGGGACUCCAGGUGACGGUCAAUGGUUGGUUCGUCAGGGAGGGGUGGGUCCAGACUCCGUGCUGCGGCAGCUGCUGGGGAAGGACAUGUCGGACACAAUGUGUCCCAGGGAGAGGCUGCCUCCGGCAAGUGGCCUUGCCAGAGAGGGCCCUUGUGGCCCUGGGGCUUCUGGGGCCCGUAGGGCGGGGCUUGUGGAGAGGAGAGAGCUCAAACUAGCGAGACUCAAACAGAUCAUGCAACGAUCUCUGAGUGAAUCAGAUACGGAUGGUUAUCCACCGGAGGAGGGUAAAAAUCAAGGAGCUUCGGCUUCAAAUACACUGCGGCCUGAUAGGCCGUCCCACCUGCCAAUUACAGAGGAGGAGCCAGUGUCAAACCACCUUAAUCUGGUGAUGAGGAAGCACCUUCCCCCCUCUUCCUCCUCAUCUUCCAUAGCUGAGAAGAAGCUGGCAUUUUCUGUCAGCGGGUCAAAGUCGGUGGACAGCAUUGGUUACAAUCCAUCCCCCACCUCCAGCGACCCUGAGGCCACAGACGGUAAAACACCAGAUGCUUCUGCCGACUUCCAUGACGCCACUAAUGGGCAGAAAAUUGCCACCAGCCCCAAGAGUGCCCUGAAGUCACCCUCAUCUCGUAGGAAGACGUCUCAGAACCUCAAACUGAGGGUCACCUUUGACGAACAGGUCCACAAGAGCACCAAUCAGGAGGCAGAGCAGACCAAAGGGCACCAUGGGAAGGAGAGGACUCCAACAGGAAGCUCUGAAAGCAAGCGGCCGUUUGGGGCAUUUCGCUCCAUCAUGGAGACACUAAGUGGAAACACAAACCAUAACAACAACAACAACAGUGGCGGUCAGUCAGGCUCUGCUGUUAAACUGUCCACCUGUCAGAGCUCUCCUGGCAGGAAGUCAGAGAAUAAAGGCAGUCCAGGAGGAGGAGCCAGGGGCAAGAGCAAAACCAGUAACGUUUAACCAACCAGUGCCUACUGAAAGGCAGAGAGCACAUAACGAACAGACCACUACAAAGAGCAAAUGGCAAGAGGCAGCGAACAUGAGAAAUUCAUAGCCAUUGAAUGACACACACUCACUUUCAUGAAUAUCUCAAAACCUAAUGCACAUACAUGAUGUGACAUGAGCAGAACCUACUUUUUCCAAUGGUAGCCAUGAUCUCUGAGGAUAAACCAUCCAUAUAUCCACUUUGAAAUCAUAUCAAAAGAUAUUUAAAAUGUAUUCAGAUGUAAACCAAGUUACUGACUCCAUUGCAACAUUAUAUUAAAAGCACCAAGUAUCAUGGUAAAUGUAGUGCUAAAUUAUGUGAUUAGGAUUAUGUAAUACAUGUUCUAGGAUAACAUGGCAUUUCGUCUUGAACUCUGGGAGUAACUAUGCCAGAAGUCAAGUAAAGAGAGCAAACCCAGCCAAGGGUGUGAAGGGUUUUUCAAAGGCUGAGAAACAACACAUCAGCCAAUUCACAGCAGUAACGGCUCGAUUUGAUGCUUAAUAAAAAUUGGACUUCAAAUUAACAAAUCAAGAGAGUGAUUGGAUCAUUUGAACAUCAGACUAAAGUUCUAUCGACAUAUGUACUGUAUCUCGACAGCCACAGUUUGUAUAUUUGAGCCAAACCACAAGAGGUGGAAAAGCUAACUUUGCUUAAUUUUUGUGUUUGCUUUGGCUAUAGUCACAUCAGCUGAUUACAAACAGACCAGGUCUUGUAAACAAACAGUUUGUUUAUGACCUGGUAUUCUGCCAGUUUGUCCCCUUUUAAUAAAGGAAACUUGAACUUGUCAAAUAGCAAAAGUGGCUUUGAGACUGCACAGAAUAAAAGCAUGCAGCGUUUGUUUGACUGUGCGUAAGAAGAGCCAACAUCUGUCCUCUUUUACCUACAAUACCAAGUUGGCAUUGCCAUCACAAACAUACUUGUUUAUAUACUUAAUUAGUCAGUAAAAUAUGAUCUCACUCAGUGUCAACCUUUUUUUCUGGAACUUUAAACAGUAUCUUUUUGUAUAGUAGGUUUAGUAUGUCAGCUCCAAAAAACGCUAGUAAACCCAGUGUUAAGAUUAUUUUGUCAAACUGCGAUUCCCAUGGUCAAGUUUGAACUUUGACACAAAAUAAAUGUUUUAUAAUACAUGUUUAUCCAGUAAAUUAAUUUGAAUGACAACAACACGUUCUCUCUUCUGUUAGUUCUACUGAAGAUUUUAUACUUGCUAACAUGAAGUUUCUCAUGUUCUUUGCCUCAAACGUUUGACUUCCUGUGUGUUUUUUAUUAUUAUUUUUAUACAGUUCAAGGACUGAAAGACAAAAACAGAAACCGUCUUAGCUCUGUUAGUCUGUAUAAAAUGUAUCUGAUGCAGUUUUUCAGAGACGGCAAUCACUGCAAAGUGAAUGAGAAGAACCUUUGUGUUGAAUGAAACUGAAGUGUUUUUUAUUGACGAACUGAAGGAAGUUUUGUUUGUGUGUGUAUGUGUGUGUUAAUUGGCAACUUAUCAUACAUUUUUAGUUUUGUCACAUUUAGUUAACUUUCAUUGGUCUGCUCAAACAAACCAAAACAAAAGUGUCAAAACUUAAUCACGGCGAUUAAAGGUUUCUGUUUUUCUGCUACUCUGUUACUGUACUCUGAACUACACUAAAGAUGAAUAUUAGUAUUUAUGUUUAUGCACACAGUUAUAUGAUUUGAUUUUUUUUUUAAAAUGUGGUUAUAAUCAUGCACGUGGUUAACGUGCACCAGCACAACAAAUAGUUUUAAAACCACUGUAUAUAGAGUAGUAUUUAAUUUUUUUGUUCAUCAUAUUCCACACCAUUUUUAUUUUUUUUAAUUCCCAUGGUUAUUAUCUAUGCAGUAUUUUUGGCAUGAAGUAGAUUAUAGUUGUUUGAUGUGUUUGAGACGGGGAGGUUUAAGGAUGCACCUUCUACAGCGGCUGACAAACGAUCAUAUGAACUUUUUAGAAAGAUAAGAAGUUGAAACGGAAAUAAAAACUUGUUAUUUCGGAGAUUUUAUACAGAAGAUUGUGAACAUUGACAAACUGUCUCAAAGCUUGAAACUAGAAGAUGAAGGCUGUUAUCUGAUGCUCUGAUCCAGUGUUUGAAUGUCAUUAUGGCAAUGGUAGUGGAAAUUGAUGUAUUUAUUAAAAUAUAGCAAAAACAACAAAAGCAUAUAUAGCAGAACAAUUUUAUGGCUGUUUGCUGUGCCUCAUGGCAUGUCUACAGAUCUCUUCAUGCAUUUGAUUGAAGUUUAAUUUGACCAAAACAUUGAUGUAAGGGGAGACACUUGACUGGUCUGUCUCCACCACUUACUUUUACCAAAUAUUUACAUCUCUGUGGCCUGGUAGUUACAGCAAUAAUCGCACAACACUGAUGUCAUCUGUAAUUUCAAUGCUGAAUACAGACAUGAAAGUGUCAAUAGUGGCCCCAAGAGGCUGCAGUGUUCAUUACACCUCACAAUUUACCAUGGUUGGGCAGACAAAACAUGGUAUAACUUAAGAUUCUUACAGUAUUUUGGGAAAAUGUAAUGAUUUUUUUCCUGAGGGUGGUGCUGGUGCUAGAGGGAGGGUCAAUUGGUUCUCUAAAAUCACUGGGACUGGGAUUCAGCAGGAGUAUCCACAUCUAAUGUCGUGGAAAUCUGGCCAGAAGUUGUCUGUCAAGUGUUAGUUGGACUGACUGUUAUCCUCAAAAGAAAACUCUCAAUCUUUUAUUUUGGAAAAUAAGUUUCAUUUAUAGCAUGUGAUUCAUGUCUGUGUUCAGUUCUCACCUCUAUGACAUAUAUAACCUUAGCACAAAGACUCAUAGUAUUCCUCAUAUCGUUCCUUUUAGCCUUGCCACUAACAAAGCAAAAAUUCUUCUGCUUGCCAUUUUAGUUUUAUUGCGUGUCAGCGGUGUGAAAACACCCCUAACAGAAACACAGAUUACAGCUUCAGCUCUCUAAUUUGCAGCUUUGGGAGAAACUGGAUCACAUCUGUUAUGUUUUGAUGCAUGUUUAUGUUAAUACAAAUACUGUGCUUGGUUCUGAUACAGCAGAAUUUUUUCUAAUCCAAACUGAUCAUUGUUGGACAUAAGUCUGUCGAGUUUUGCUUUCACAUUCCUGUAUGUUUGUACAUCUACAGUUUGGAUCAGAGCGAUUCUGCUGUGCAGUUUACUCAUCUGGUUUACCAAGAUGUUUUUUUUUAGUUUUACACACACUUUGGCUGUUGUUGACUACAGUCUACAGAUGAUGAUGGUGGGUGUUUUUGAGGCAGUGGCCUGGGAGAAUUUACCUGCAUCCAGUCUGCUGUUUAAGACCAGUUAAAGGAACAGUCCAACAUUUUAAAUGUCUUCAGCAGAGUUGGAUGAGAAGUUGCUCGGCAAUUUCAUCUCUUUGCGUCCAGUAGAGAGACACUAUUUGAUACACACACUGAUGCUGGUGAUGAUGUGUUUCCGUUCGUCCCGAUGGUGUUGGAUGAGGUUGAGGUCAGUCAAGCUCUUCCACGUACAACUGGGAAAAACAUUUCUUAAUGGAACUGGCUUUGUACAUGGGCCAUUGGACACAACUGGUUCUGUGUUUAUGUUCAGUGUGAUCACAUGGUGAUGGUGAAGGUGACAAGAAAACACAUAAAUAGUUGUCCAAGAUGUCCACAUACUUUUCGUCACAUAGUGUAUCUCUGAACUGGAUGCAUAGAGAUGAAUCUGGAAUCAAUCUUCUCUUCUGAUUAUAGAUUUAAUGCAAAGAGCUGAGUGGCGGGCAUGGUCCACUUCACUCCCAGUCGUGGAUUUGUACAAACAGAGCUGCAGAGUUGGUAACACUUUAUUUUAUGGAUCUGUAAUUCCAUUUUUUCUCUUUCCUUUGAAGAAAUAACUAUGUUUUUCCUAAUCAUAUGGGCAAUGUAGACCAUGCUUACUUGGCAUCAACAUAUUUAAAUAAUGAAUAUCCCAAUAAUAAUUGAUAUGAAUAAAUUGAGCUUUUCUUUUAAGGAAAUUUGUCUAAAAACCAACAACUAUAGUCUAAACUGAACAGAACUAACUACAAAAGCAGAGUAACAUAACACUGUCUAUAUAUUCAGUUGAAUGAAUAAGGUAAUUAGAGACACCAUUAUUACAACAGACUCAUAAAAUAAAGUAGUCAAAAGUCCUGAAGAGGUUUUUCAGCUCUGUUCGCUGGAGUAACCAGGAAGAUUUCCUGUCUCUAUCGUCUCAAAAUAUUACUUGCUCAGUUUUCUGUCUGUGAAUGAUUUUCUGAAAUGCAGUUUAUUUUAUUUGAAGUGUCUUCAUUGUAACCACUCCUUCAGGAUGAGGGAAUGGAGCUUGGCGUUGUUAACGGGGCAUCUACAGAGAAGACUGAACUCUACCUGUUUGACCUGUUUGUUGUAUUUUUAAUGAACUCUUCAGAUGGACAGUGUUGUUGCAUCGACUUGAUGUUUACUCUCAAUGCAAAAAAAAAAAAAAAA